AUGCUGACCCCCGUCCGAUGCCGGACGGUACCAAAUGCGACUGUUGCGACCGCCGCCCGACUCCUCCGUCGAGCCAACCUCUUUUCCCGAUAUCCUCGACAGCUAGGACACCUACGAUGGGACUCGACCAUCGCCCAAGUGCUCGAGCGCAAGGGCCUCGGCAUCCCCUCCACAGCGCGCCAUAACGAGAUCGGUGUCCAGCAACUGAGCGAGCACCUCUACAAGCAGCUUUUCCCCCGCGGAAACACCGACCCUCCUGCUCCCGAACUCAUCGAGCUGGCCAAGGACCACCUUGCCCGCCACGACUUGCUGGGCAAGACCACCGAUAAGACUCCUCCUAUCGCCUUUCAACUACCUGCCUUGGUGGGCGAUACCCUCGACGAACACUUCCACAAGCUGGGCGUCGACGCCGCCGAACCCUUCCUUACCCAUGCCAAGCAGUUCGCAGACGCCCAUUUACCCCCCAAGCCGACGAGUUGGGUACGGAGGAGUGGCUGGACAAAAUACAACCGCGAUGGCACGACCGAGAACGACGUCCUGCCCCAGGGCAACAUGAUGUGCUUCGAUGUGGAGGUCAUGUAUAAGGAUAACCCCUAUGCUGUCAUGGCAUGUGCUGGUACUCCGGAUGCCUGGUAUGCUUGGCUGUCGCCGUGGCUGCUUGGAGAGACGGAAAACAAAGCACACUUGGUACCAAUGGGCGAUCCAACCGUUGACAGAAUCAUCGUGGGUCACAACAUUGGCUACGACCGUGCCAAGAUACUGGAGGAAUACGACCUGAAGCAGACGAGGAACUUCUUUCUUGACACCAUGUCUCUGCAUGUUGCUGUGAACGGAAUGUGCUCCCAACAACGACCGACGUGGAUGAAACACAAGAAAGCCAGAGAACUACGGGAGAAGGCAGAGCAUGAAAGUGCCAGUGUAGAACUGCAAGAAGUCUUGCAGGGCGGUUCCCUCACGGCCGAGGAGGCCGACCUCUGGGUCGACAAAAGCUCCAUCAACUCGCUAAGAGACGUGGCCCAGUUCCACCUCAACGUUAAGAUCGACAAGGAUAUCAGGGAUGUCUUUGCGGAAACAGAUCGAAAUGUGAUUCUGAACCAGCUGGACGAUCUCCUGACUUACUGUGCGGCAGAUGUUCAAGUCACCCACCAGGUUUACCAGGUCGUCUUCCCUAACUUUCUCGGAGUCUGUCCUCAUCCCGUCAGCUUUGCCGCUUUACGCCACCUCGCCUCCGUCAUUCUGCCCGUCAACAAGACUUGGGAUACUUAUAUCGAGACAGCUGAGGCAACUUACCUGCAAAUGUUACACGGCGUUCAGGAGCGCCUUUUCACUCUGAUGGAGAGGACGCUGGAUUAUAAGGCCGACCCUGAAAAAUAUCUUUCUGAUCCUUGGUUGAGCCAACUAGAUUGGUCAGGACAGGAGAUCAAGAUGGCCAAGCCCAAGAAAAAGGGCGACGUGGAACGGCCAGCCCUGAAUCAGAAACUGCCAGGCUAUCCCCAAUGGUACAAGGAUCUGUUUAUAAAGGCUCGACAUGAUUUCAUCAAUCUCACCGUCCGUUCACGGAUAGCCCCGUUGCUCCUCAAAUUAUCAUGGGAAGGCUACCCCUUAUUCUGGUCCGAUCAAUUUGGCUGGACGUUCCAGGUCCCACGAGAAAAAGCAGAGACCUUUAUUCAGCGACAGAUGACACCUGUUCAAUUUGAGGACCCAGAUGUCGAUGAUCGACUUAGGAUGGAUUUUGAUCACAAGUACUUCAAACUUCCUCACAAAGAUGGCCCGAACGCUAGAUGUGUCAACCCAAUGGCCAAGGGUUAUCUUCCCUACUUUGAAAAGGGCAUCCUUUCUUCCGAGUACCCCUACGCAAAGGAAGCCCUGGAAAUGAAUGCUUCUUGUUCAUACUGGAUCAGUGCUCGAGAGAGAAUCAAGAACCAGAUGGUUGUCUAUGAAGAUCAACUUCCUCCGUCUCAGAGAUUUGUCAACAAGGAUGCAGACAGCAACACCCCUAUUGGCGGCUUUGUUCUUCCCCAGGUCAUUCCUAUGGGUACCAUUACUCGUCGUGCGGUCGAGAGAACAUGGUUGACGGCAUCCAAUGCCAAGAAGAACCGUGUUGGAUCAGAGCUCAAAGCCAUGGUUCGCGCACCACCAGGUUAUGUCUUUGUCGGUGCCGAUGUUGACUCGGAAGAACUUUGGAUUGCCUCUGUUGUUGGAGACGCCACUUUCAAACUGCAUGGUGGUAAUGCCAUCGGCUUCAUGACCCUUGAGGGUACCAAAUCCCAGGGCACUGAUCUCCACAGUCGGACGGCUUCCAUUCUGGGCAUCACCCGUAAUGACGCAAAAGUGUUUAACUAUGGCCGUAUCUACGGCGCCGGUCUUAAGUUCGCAUCUCAGCUUCUCCGGCAGUUCAACCCUAGCUUGACCGAGGCGGAAACGACUGCCAUCGCGACAAAGCUCUACGAUGCCACCAAAGGUGCUAAAACUAACCGCAAGAGCCUUUACAAGCGGUCCUUCUGGCGAGGCGGUACCGAGUCCUUCGUGUUUAACAUGCUUGAAGAGUUUGCCGAGCAAGAGCGUCCUCGUACCCCCGUUCUCGGUGCGGGCAUCACAGAGGCCCUCAUGAGCCGAUGGGUCAGCAAAGGCGGGUUCCUGACUUCGCGUAUCAACUGGGCCAUCCAAUCCAGUGGUGUCGAUUACCUUCACUUGCUCAUCAUCGCUAUGGACUAUCUCACUCGCCGCUUCAACCUCGCCUGCCGGUUGGCCAUCACUGUGCACGACGAAAUCCGCUAUCUUGCCGAGGAACAUGACAAAUACCGGGUAGCCAUGGCACUGCAGAUUGCCAACCUGUGGACUCGUGUCAUGUUCGCGCAGCAAGUCGGCAUUCAAGAUCUUCCGCAGUCCUGCGCCUUCUUCAGCGCUGUGGACAUUGACCACGUGCUUCGGAAGGAGGUCGACAUGGAUUGUAUCACGCCUAGUAACCCGAUACCCAUUGCGCACGGCGAGAGCAUCGAUAUCUUCCAGAUCCUGGAGAAGGGAGACGAAGCAAAGCUGGAUGAGAGCAUUGUCCCUGAGUCUCAAUAUGCGCCUCGCCUGGAGGACAUUCCGUAUACGCCUCGUGUGCCUGUGAUGCAGAGGCUCCGCGAGAGGGCCGAGGCCGGCGAUCACCAAGCCUUCCUUCGGUUCAUACGAGCACAGAUUACCAAUUCCGAUGAGGAGCUGAAGAGGAUCAUCGCAGAGACGAGGUAUAGUGACCCAUAUGGUGCCUAUUCCCUGGCUUCGACUGGAAGAGUAUCAGGCAACCCACAUCAGCGGCAUGCCGCUGUACAUGCUUUGACAAAGACGGCUGCGGCUCCUUCAAAACCUUCCAUCGCAAGCCGUUUAGAUUCUGUCUCAGGCGCAAAAAAGACGGCUGCGGCUUCUUCCAAAGCUUCCAUCGCAAGUCGUUUUGAUUCCGUCUCGCAGGCAUCGAGGAUCAAGUCCGUC